UUUUAAUUUCCAGAAUUUAAAUUUUGAUCUUCAAUACGUUAACCGUGGAGUUGUAUUUUACCACACAGUUAUGACAAUGGAUUCAAAUCCAAUAAGAACAGCUCUGAGUGUUUGUAAAACACUGAUAUCAGAGCGGGUGUACGCAGUAGUUAUUUCACACCCGCUUAAGGGUGACCUGUCACCAGCAGCCGUGUCUUAUACCGCUGGUUUUUAUCACAUACCAGUGAUAGGAAUAUCUUCCCGCGAAUCAGCAUUUUCUGACAAGAACAUACACGUGUCCUUUUUGAGGACAGUCCCGCCGUACUCCCAUCAAGCAGAAGUCUGGGUAGAAAUGCUGAAGUACUUCAGCUACACGAAGGUGAUAUUCAUCCACAGCUCGGACACAGACGGACGUGCGUUGCUGGGUCGUUUUCAGACGACGUCGCAGAGCCUGGAGGACGACGUCGAAAUCAAAGUACAUGUGGAGACUGUAAUAGAGUUUGAGCCGGGUCUUGAAUCCUUCACGUCUCAGCUACGCGGUAUCAGAGAUGCUCAGGCAAGAGUUUGUCUGAUGUACGCAAAUACAAGAGAUGCAGAAAUAAUCUUCCGUGACCUUGCUACUAUGAACAUGACAGGAUCAGGGUAUGUUUGGAUAGUCACUGAGCAAAGCCUUGAAGCUAAAAACGCGCCGGAAGGUCUCAUUGGACUGAAGCUUGUGAAUGCGUCUGAUGAAAAAGCUCACAUCACUGACAGUCUGUAUGUUCUGGUGUCAGCGCUCCGAGAAAUGAAUGAAACAAAAGUAAUCACAGAAGCUCCGAAAGACUGCGACAACUCAGGAGCUAUUUGGGAAACUGGUAAAGACUUGUUUGGAUUUAUUCGGAAGCAGGUCUUGGAAAAAGGAGCUACCGGAAGAGUGGCUUUUGACGACAAUGGCGACCGGAUUUACUCUGAAUACAACAUCGUUAAUGUCCAGGAAGAAGGAGUUAGAAAUUCUAUUGGCCAGUACUACUUCUCACUUGAUACACGUAAGAUGAUACUGAGAUUAAACGAAACGUCGAUAUUGUGGCCCGGUCGUCAAACGGUUAAGCCUGAAGGCUUAAUGAUCCCAACUCAUCUCAAAGUGCUGACGAUUCCAGAAAAGCCUUUUGUAUACGUUCGAGUUAUUCAAGAAGAAGAAUGCUUACCCGAUGAGGUCCCUUGUCCUCAUUACGACAACAGUACAGUUAAUAAAACUACUCUUUACUGUUGCAAAGGGUACUGCAUAGAGUUGCUAAAAGCUUUGGCGAAAGCUAUUAACUUUACUUAUGACCUGGCUUUGUCUCCCGACGGACAAUUCGGUCACUAUGUAAUAAAUGACCUCAGUGUUGGGAAUAAAAAAGUAUGGACUGGUUUAAUCGGCGAGCUCGUUUAUGAGCGAGCUGAUAUGAUAGUAGCGCCGCUGACAAUAAAUCCAGAGCGCGCAGAGUUCAUCGAGUUUAGUAAGCCGUUCAAAUACCAGGGGAUUACUAUCCUGGAAAAAAAACCGUCGCGAUCAUCAACACUGGUGUCUUUCCUUCAACCUUUCAGCAACACCCUUUGGAUCCUGGUAAUGGUAUCGGUGCACGUCGUUGCGCUUGCCCUGUACCUCCUCGACCGGUUUUCACCCUUCGGGAGGUUCAAGCUAGCUAACGCUGACGGCACCGAAGAGGACGCGUUGAACCUCUCCAGCGCCGUGUGGUUCGCCUGGGGUGUGCUGCUGAAUAGCGGGAUUGGCGAAGGCACUCCGAGAAGUUUUUCCGCCCGCGUACUUGGUAUGGUAUGGGCUGGAUUCGCGAUGAUCAUAGUGGCUUCUUACACUGCCAACUUGGCGGCUUUCCUCGUGCUGGAACGUCCCAAGACUAAACUUACUGGUAUCAAUGAUGCAAGAGUAAGUGUUUUUUAUUUAAAAUUGCGACAAGUAGAGCUGUCAAACAUGUACCGAACAAUGGAAGCUAAUAACUACGAUACCGUAGAAGAUGCUAUUCAUGACGUUAAAAUAGGCAAACUGAUGGCUUUCAUCUGGGAUAGUUCACGCUUAGAAUUCGAAGCUGCCAAAGACUGCGAAUUGGUAACAGCUGGCGAAUUAUUCGGGCGAUCUGGAUACGGAGUUGGUCUCCAAAAAGGAUCACCCUGGACCGACGCUGUUACAUUGGCGAUUUUAGACUUUCAUGAGGCUGGGUUCAUGGAGACACUGGAUAAAGAGUGGAUUUUACAAGGCAGUGUUCAGCAGUGCGAGAUAAAUGACAACACUCCAAACACGUUGGGCUUGAAGAAUAUGGCCGGGGUGUUUAUUUUAGUGGCGAUAGGAAUCGUCGGAGGCGUUGGGCUGAUUAUCAUCGAAGUGGCUUACAAGAAGCAUCAGAAUAAAAAGCAGAAGAGGCUGGACGUCGCGAGACACAUGGCUGAAAAGUGGAGACGCAAUGUAGAAAAAAGGAAGAUUCUUAGGGCCCAAAUGAUGGGACCCUCGACGUCUCAGCAGAGACCUAGCUUACACGAACCCGGGACAUCGUCUGUAAGCUUAGCUGUGGACAACGCGGUCGCCAGCACCAGCUUCAUUGAGAGAACCAGCCCUCGUAGUCCUGGCAGAGCUUGGCCAGGUGACAGAGACUUCCGAACGCGGGACAGAACUCGCACUGAAGAUAUUAGACUGUCCCCUAUCACGUAUCCUGUUGAUAUUUCUCAUCUUGUUGUUUGA